AGCUGCGCAGAGAGGGGCUGCGCAGAGAGGGGGCAGCAGCAGCCGGAUGGUGGAGCUGAAGAUGGCGGAUGGAGACAGCGGGAGUGAACGCGGAGGCAGCAGCGGGGGAGGAGGAGGUGGAGGCGGCUUCCAGCACCUCCAGAGGGACCAAGAGACCCAGGAGCUGGCGUCCAAGCGCCUCGACAUCCAGAACAAGCGCUUCUACCUGGACGUGAAACAGAACAGCAAGGGCCGGUUCAUCAAGAUCGCCGAGGUGGGGGCCGGGGGGUCCAAGAGCCGCCUGACCCUCUCCCUGUCCGUGGCGGCCGAGUUCCGGGACUACCUCGGGGACUUCAUCGAGCACUACGCCCAGCUGGGGCCUAGCAGUCCGGAGCAGAUCGCCCAGGCGUCUCAAGGGGAGGACGGCGGGCCUAGGAGGGCUCUGAAGAGUGAGUUCCUGGUCCGGGAGAACCGCAAAUACUACCUGGACUUGAAGGAGAACCAGAGGGGGAGGUUCCUGAGGAUCCGGCAGACCGUUAACCGUGGACCCGGCUUUGGGGUCGGGGGCCCUGUGGGGGGCAUGCUGGCCGGGCAGACCAUCGCCCUCCCGGCUCAGGGUCUCAUAGAGUUCCGAGACGCCCUCGCGAAGCUCAUCGACGACUACGGGGGGGACGACGAGGAGCUGGCAGGGGGAUCCGGUGCUGCAGGGGGGUACAGCGAGCUCCCCGAGGGGACCUCCAUCAUGGUGGACUCCAAGCGGUUCUUCUUCGACGUGGGGUCCAACAAAUACGGGGUGUUCCUGAGGGUGAGCGAGGUGAAGCCCAGCUACAGGAACUCUAUCACCAUCCCCUUCAAAGCCUGGAGCAAGUUCGGGGGAGCCUUCAGCAGGUACGCCGAGGAGAUGAAGGAGAUCCAGGAGAGGCAGAGGGACAAGGUCUACGAGAGGAGGGACGAGUCCGAGGGAGAGGAGGUGGAGGACGACUGAGAGAGGGAACAGCUGGGAGUCCAUGACAGAUCUGCAAUAUAACCAAGGGGGGUGUUUUUUAUUGCAAAAGAUAAAAAAAGAGAUAAGUGCAUGACAAAUCGUGCUGUUAUAGCCUACUAAAGUAUCGUGGAGUAUAAAACAAGUACAUGUGCAGGGACAGUUUGGUGUAUAUCCUAAAAACAAGUGUGUAGGGUUGAAGGUUGGAGUGGUUGUGUGAAUCUUUGCAAGUGGAUUAAAUGUGCAAAUGGGAUCUUCAUGAUCCUCAUUGGCUGAAAAAAAGAGUGCUUUAUGUUAAAAAUGAAAACCCUUAAAAAAAAAAGGAACAAACAGCAGAUUGGGUUUUUAUAACAGUAGAAAAAGAGAGGUUGUCCAAUGCUUUCCUAUCUGCAACAUAGUUAAUAUUUAAAAGCGUGAGGAGUCAACCUGUUUAAGAUGUUUUCCUUGCUCAGUUUAAGGAGCAUCCAUUGUGUUCCUGUUCCGGUCCAGGUCUCAGAUUGUGGUGUGUGUGUGUGUUUUUUUUCUUCUUCCUGAGAGGAAUGUAUAGAAAGCUGCCUGUCAGCUGACGGAGCCGUGCAGCAGCAGCAGCAGCAGGCGGCAGUUAAUCGAAAAAGAUUACCCAAAAUGUUAGUGGAAGUUACUGAUGAGAGGAUUAUCUUUAAGCCUGAACAACAAGGGCCUCGCCUCACGGACUCAAACUAUCAAACUAUCAAACUAAAGCUCUGACUCCUGCAGUCAGUCACAGCGUGGAUCAGCUGGGUUUUAUGUUAUACAUACAAUCUGAGCGAGUCUUUUUUUUAAUUCAUAUUGUUUCCAGUUUCACUCCACCAGGAGGAGAGAGGAGAGCGCUGUGUUUCCUCACACCAGAGCAUCCCUGGUGUCAUCAUGUGAGGGGACAGGACAAACACACACACAUAUAUAUACAUACUGUAUUUAAAGAGAUACAUGUACAGUUUAUCAACAUUCUGGACUUUAAAAACGAAGCUCCUCCUGCUCCCUCCAUCCACAACAAAGGGUCCAAAUAUCUACUCGCUGGAUGGGAGCUCCACGUUUGACCUUCCAGCUCUCUGCCGGAGAUGAUUUUUUUAUCCCAUCAUCCUCUCUGUCGUGGUCAGAGCGGGACAGACGGACAAACAGACGGCCAUCUUUAACACCAGCCUGAGGCCGUCUCUCUGAUGAAACAUCUUCCAAACACGCGAAGAAGAAGAAGACCCCGGACAGAAACACACUGAUGAUGGAUGUUUUUCUUUUUUUCUUCUUCUUUUCUUUUUUUCAAAAGAGAACUAUAUUAAAAAAAAAAAAAAUGAGAUUAUAGGAAAAAUAUUACUGAACAAAACCAGCAAAAGAUAUUUUGAAAUACUUAUAAAAGAAAAAUGUAUUAUAUCAUGGAAUUUCAAGAUUUAAGAAUAAAAAAAGGUUAAUUUCUUAAGACAAA